ACAUUACCAUUUCGGUGAUGAACGCAAACACCACUCUACAAAACACACCAAGCAUGUCGACCACUUCUGUCACGCCAAGGACUCAAGUUUCAUCUGGCCGUGGCAUCGGAAUGAUGCAGACCUCGCGCCAUCUUGAAUCAAGGCGCUUGGGGUCCAGAAAUAACGGCGCUCAAGGAGAUCAAAAUGCCCGCGUGAGCGUAAACAAUAGAAGGAGGAAUAACAAUCCUCAUCGUAAACAAACUCAUCAACCGUCACAUAAUCAACGCAGUAAAUCUGAUCCUGAUGCAACAAUUAAAGGCGGAAAUAGUAGUCACUCUUCAUCAGGAGACGAUGAAUUUAAUCAAGUUGAGGAAUUACAUUCAUCCGUCGCGAUUACUGCGUCUGAGUUGAAUGAUCUGUCGCUCAAUGAUAUGGAUCCUGCUGUACGUUGUUGA